GCAGAAUAAUAAAAUCUAUUUCAAAGUCAAAUCAAAUUGUUCUGUAGCAGUCUUUGAUUCAUUGAAACCCAAGCAGGACGACCCUUCGAAGCUCUUGGUACGGAGGGGAAGCUAUUUGACCUUUGACACCCAGCCACAAGGCUUCAGCGGAAGACGGACACAGACAGCUGAGAGACGGACACAGACGGAGACACCGACCCGCUGAGGGUUUACUGUGAGCGACACCGCAACAUCAUCUGCAAACAUGUCCAACGACGACGAGCCAUUUAACCCGAGCUUGGCUGCAGCUCUGAUGAAGCUUGAUCCAGAGGACGGCGAGAAGAUCCUGGAGUACUUCAAGACUCAAGCCCUGCUGACCAGAGAGAAAGCCUUGCUGCAGGCGUCGGUCAGAGAACAGAAGAAGCUGCUGGUCGAAAACGCAAAACUGAAGAAAGACAUCGAACAGCUGAGAGGACAACUGCAAGACAAACAGAGGAGACGUGCUGCCAAAUUGUUGCUUGCUCCGCCCCCUCUACCUGCCAAUCAUCUGUCCUCCCUGGCUCCCCCUGCUGGAGAAGCCAGUGCUGCAUCUCCAACAAGCUGCUCCUCCUCAUUUGACCAGACAGAUGGAAAGAGGAGGAAAGGAGAGAGGAAAGCUCGAUCAGGCUCUGGCUCGCUCUCUUUGGGAACGGAGACUCGAGUUGACGUGUCCCGCCUGGACCUGAAGGUUGGACAGAUCCUUAGUGCCCACCGUCACCCUCUGGUGGAAAUGCUGCUUGUCCAGGAAGUCAACGUAGGAGAACCUGCUCCCCGGACUGUGGUCAGCAAGCUAGGCGGGAAAACAAACGUGGAUGAGCUACAGGGAGCUCUGGCAGUGUUGCUGUGCAAUGUCAAGGCCUGUAAGGUGAAGGGCGUGGUCUCUCAGGCCCGCUUCCUCUGCUGCUCCGCCUCCGACCGUGUCGAGCUUUUGGUCCCACCCACGACCGCCAUCCCAGGAGACAGAGUCACCUUCCUCAACUACCCUGGUGAACCUGACAAAGAGUUGGUGUCGAAGCAGCGGGUGUGGGACCUGCUUCAACCCGACCUGCGUGUGGACUGCAGGGGCGUGGCCAACUACAAAGGCUGCUCGUUCGAGGUGAAGGGGAAGGGUCUGUGUCGGGCUCCGUCACUCACCGACUGCGCCAUUGGAUAAAGUCGCAACAGGUGCUUUUAUUGUGAAGAGGCCAGAUGUUGUCAGUACAAGCGUGGCUAAUUACCCGAGUGACUUUUGUUUUAUUUUUUUUUCUUCUGGGUGAUAUGAGCCUUUCAUGAAUAUAUUGGUGUGUCAUCUUUGCCAAUAUGAAAACCUUUAUUUUACUGAAUAAACAAUGCAUAAAA